CGAAGAGUCAAUUAACCUCACUUUAAAAUCGUUGUAUCUGCGAGUUGUGCUUCAAUUUCUAUUUUCUUUCACCGUAAAAACGAAAUAAUGACGAAAUUACGAAAGCAGAGAAAACGCAAAACAUACAACCACAACGUCAACAGAAAACGAUUAAGGAAUAAAAUAUACAAACAAGGCAACAUCGGAUGUAAAGAAGUAAAAGUGGAAUGGGACAACAAGAAGUCGAUGAAAACCAAUUUACAGGAAAUGGGACUGGCGUACGAUCCGAAUAAAUCCAUCAAGAUUCCGCAAACGAAGAAAACCCUCAAGAAACUGCUAAUGAACAAUCAAAAUAGCGACGAUGAAGAGGGGCCGGUGGUUUCGAAGGCUCAUGUAGUGGAAGCUUUAGAGGAGGACGCGAAGGCGCCUCGAGAGAAAAAGUUCCGUUUGCCCAAGGGGCAUGUAGAGUGGAUCACUUAUCUCGUAGAAAAGUAUGGAGACGACUACAAAGCCAUGGAGAGGGAUAAGAAGAAUUACAAUCAAGAGACGUGGAAACAAAUCAGGCAGAAAAUCAGGCGGUUCGCGCAGAUACCUGAGCAAUACGAUGAGUUCGUGAAACGCACGAAGAUGGAAAUUAAAAUCAACGAUAAUGUUUCUGAUGAUGAAAUUUAGCAU